GCCGAGAAGGGAGGGCCUCCCUCACCGGAGCUCGCUGCCGCGUCACGUCAGGGCCAAGGGCGGCGCUGUUGCCCUGGAGACGGUUUCGCAGCCCCGCGCCGCAACCAGCCAGGCCUUCAUCUCGACACACUGGGCCAAGAAGCCCUAGCCAUGACCGGGACGACUGCUGCGUCCUUCUCUAUAGGCACGGCCGAUGGGUUGCUUGAGACGGAGAAGAACGCAGGGGAGCCCGAGAAUACCUAUAUUUUGCGGCCCAUUUUCCAGCAAAGGUUCAGACCCUCUGUGGUUAAAGACUGUAUCCAUGCUGUGCUUAAGGAGGAACUGGCAAAUGCUGAAUACUCUCCAGAAGAAAUGCCUCAGCUCACAAAGCAUUUAUCAGAAACCAUUAAAGAUAAAUUAAAAGAAAUGGGAUUUGACCGAUAUAAAUUGGUGGUGCAAGUAGUGAUUGGAGAACAAAGAGGUGAAGGAGUAUUCAUGGCUGCUCGCUGUUUCUGGGAUGCUGACACUGACAACUAUAUUCAUGAUGUUUUCAUGAAUGACAGUUUAUUCUGUGUUGUAGCAGCAUUAGGCUGUUUCUACUAUUGAAUCUUUGAAAAGUUGGAUAAAGAUAUCACCAUGAAGAAAUAUGAACUUUUUUAUACUGUUAAAUAUCUCAACAAAAUAAAGAUAAUUUGGCAGUUUGGCAACUGA